UGGACUGGUUGGUUGGUUGGUCUGCGAGUCGAGCCGAUUUGCCGCACCCGAGAUCUCGAGAGGCUCGAUUCGUGAUCCAUCCGUGACGCUUUUGCCAACCUUCAAGAGGGGCAAGACGGCACGCCAGCAAGCAAGCAAGCAGAGGAGAGAGAGAGAGCAACAGGGUCAGACAAGCACAAGAGCGAGGAGUGCUCGAUCGAGAUCGAGUCGCAUCAAGAGGCUAUCGCAUACAGCAUCCAGGAAGCCUCACGAUACCAGGCAUGUCCUCCUCCUCCGCGCACGGGGGACUUCCCCUCCCCAUUCCCGCCCCUUCCCCCAGCCUCAACCUCCCAGCGUGGCUCCCCCCGCUGCACGCAUCAGCCCUCACUCUGGGAUAUGUGGGUGCCUUCUACCUCUCACCCACGAUCAGAAGAUUACCAAAGGACGAUGUGCGCGUUAUGAGGAGUCGAUUGAAGGUUGCUAGCAUUGCUACUGCGUUGGGUGUCGCAGGUACAGGGUUGGUGCUUUGGAGGGGGUUGGGGGAGAAGGUGCACCCUAUCAUCCGUCUCCCACAGGUGCUCCUCAUGCUCGGCCUGCCCCUGCCAUAUAGCGUACCUACGGCUCUCACCUCCUCUUGGCUCCCACUCAAGCCCGGCCUUUGGGAAUUUCUGAGCUCGCACCUCCUUCCUGCCAUUCUAUAUCCCUUGAGCCUAACGGCGUCCCUCUUCCUCGGCCCGCUCUACGUCGAGUGGUUGGAGGGAACACUCCCCCUUCCAGGGUGGGCAUCGAGGCACGUCCCUGGUGAGAAAAGCAACAGCAAGGGGAGAAACGCUCCCUCGGCAACGCCCUCAGCGUGGGGGAAAGCGAAAGCCUGGCUCAAGGACUGGUGUAACCUCCACGGCCUACGCAAUUUUGUCGUCGGUCCCACAACAGAAGAGCUCAUCUGGCGCAGCUGCAUCCUCUCCGUCUCGUACCACUCUGUCCCUCGACCCUCCUACGCCUGGCUGAUCUUCGGCACUCCUCUCUACUUCGGCUUGGCGCAUCUGCAUCACUUUUACCAGUCUUACUACCUCGAGAAGAGGGGGAUCAAGUUUGCGGCAUUGCAGGCGGGCGUGCAGUUUGCGUACACGACCUUGUUCGGGUGGUAUGCUAAUUGGCUUUGGUUGAGGACGGGAAGUAUGAUUGGGCCGCUGGCUGCUCAUGUCUUCUGUAAUGUGAUGGGACUGCCCAACCCGUGGGGGGCGGCGAGGGAUCAUCCGGAGAGGAAGAGGGCCAUCUUCGCGGCGCAUAUAGCGGGGAUAGGCCUCUUCGCCGCGAAUGUGGUGAGCAUGACUCGACCUGAGCUGUUCGGAGGAAGUCUGUAUUGGCGGCAAUAAGACAUCUCAUUCGUGUG